AAGAGUUUAAGUGAACCAACGGGGUGUUUUUUUUUUAAAUUAUUGUGGGUGCCUGACUGGGAAAUCAGAAAUGAAAUGAACAACGGGUCGGGUUGAACUGGGCCGGGGAGAAAAAAUUUCGAUCCGAAAACAGAAACUUUACCCUCAGGUUUCGACUUCGAUACUCGAUUCACCUUCACUCUCCUCCAUGGCUUUGCUCGGCGACGACGGACGCGGUUACGAGUUGGCUCGGAAGUUGGAGGUAUGCGGCGUGUGGCGCACCUGGCUCGGUGACACUUACUAUUCUUCUUUCGUUCACUCCCUCUCUUCGCCUGCCACGUGGGAGUCCUUCAUGCGAGCCGACCACACCAAAUCUAAGUCUCAGAUCCAUCUCCAACUCCGCGCACGCGCUCUAUUGUUCGACAAAGCCGCCAUCUCUCUGUUUCUUCCAAAUGAUGAUCCUUCUUCUGCUUCCGUCUCGAAGCUCAAUCCAAACUAUUUGCAGUUGCACGGCGAUGACUUGUACUUCACUCUGGAAAAUAAUUCGCAAGACGGGGUUCAAAUGCGAGAAACUAUUGGUUCGUCAAAUACUGUGCCGUCCAAGAAUCAGUUGAAAUCAGCUUAUAAUACUGGAACAAGAUAUGAUGAAUCCCAGUAUGAUAUGUUGCCCCAGAGAUUUCGGAGUGACGAAUUGCCGGAAACAUGGUAUGAUCGGUUUAUUGAGAAGUAUAAACUUAGUAGACCAUAUAAGGUAUUGCUGGGGCAACGAGAGUUGGAUAAACGUACCCCUGAGGGGAUGUCUGAUUACCUUAGAGUUGUUCAGAAACAUAAGAGAAGGCGUGUACCAUUUCUGGAGGAUCAGUGCACAGGCUCUGGAAAUUCUGUCUCGGAGAGUACAUCCAGCAUGCUGUCAGAUUCUGUUUCAGAUUUUGGUAACUCGGUUGAUGGAGACAUUUUUUUACCUGAAGCAAUGUUUUUAAUGAAUAGUGUGCCUCAUUUUGCAGUCCCGGCAAUUAAUAGAGAGAAAAUUAACCUAAAAGUAGAGUUGAAUGGGAUUCUUGAUACCUUGCCUCAGGUUAUGACCAGGAGUCCUGUUAUGAUUGAGAGGCUUGGUAUACAGCCUGAGUACCUUGGCAUGGAACAAGGAGGCAACUUUCAUCGUGGAAAAAAUGUUUCUGAAGGGAAUAAUAAAUGUCUUUCUGAAGAGCAAGCAUCACAGGUGUCUCAAAAGGUAAUAGCCCGCCUACUGACUGUUUCGGGAUUUGAUGGUGCUACUAAAGUCUCGUUGGAAGUGUUUUCUCAAUUGCUUGGAUGUCAAAUUCGUAAAUUAGGCGUUACCUUGAAAGUUCUUUCUGAUGGUUACAGACAACAUUGUUCUGCCAUUGAACUAAUUAGGAUGUUUCUUGAAGUAGCUGGAUAUAGAACUUUUGAGGUUUUUACGGAGCUUGUUAAGGAAGGUAGUAGGAAUAUAGUGCCACAAACUCAGCAACAAGUACAUGGAAUGCAGCCACAAUCGCAGGCGCAGCAACAGAGUACCCUUAGACUACCCCAGCAGUUACCACGACAAAUGAAUCAGCAAAUACAGCAGGUGGUUCAACCUCAAAAUUUGGCUUUACAGCUGCAGCAGCAACACUUGGAGAGGAUGCGGAAACGCCAACCAACCAAUCCUCACCCUGGCAUGGAUAUGGAUAAAGACCGACCCACGGUAACAGCCAAGGUGGAGAACUCUUCAGAACUGCAAAUGGAUGCAAACCCCUUAAAUGCAGUUAAUCCCAGGCAAUCUCAAAUGCAGUUCCGGCAACAACUGUCAAAUCUCCAUUUAAAAUCUAGCAAUCAGUUGAGACAGUUGGCGUCUGUUCAAAUUCCUCAAUUGCAGACUCCUCAAGUGCAGGCACCUCAAAUGCAGACACCUCAAGUGCCAACACCUCAGGUGCAGACGUCUCAAAUGCAGACACCUCAGGUGCAGACGUCUCCAAUGCAGACACCUCCAAUGCAUACACCUCCACUGCAUACACCUCCAAUGCAGACACCUCCAAUGCAGACACCCCAAGUGCAGACACAGAAUAUGGGCAUUGUUAGGGCUCCUCCAGUGAAGGUUGAUGGUUUCCAGGAAUUGAUGGGUGGAGAUGCUUCAUCAAAACAUGAUUCAGAGGAAAGUAAGCUGACUUCCCCGAUAAGUAAAUAGGUUUGGAGGUAUUUAUUAGGCAGUUGUGCGUCAACUCAGGCUAUUUUAGCCACAUGUAGUUUUAUUGCAAUUGUUUGCUUCUUUUGUUGUUUAAAGGAAAAAAAGAUGUUGAAUCUGUAGAAAAUAUAAUUUAAAUAUAUAAUUCAUGUAUAGUUGAUGCUCCAAGAAAUCUUCUGGCAGAGCUAGUAAACAAGCUAGAAGACCCCUAGAGCCCAUUUCCUGAGUUAGACAACUGACAAUGUAGGAAUCCUUUGUGCAUUUUGUAGCGUAAGCUGUCAUGCAUAUAUACUCUACUUGAAGCUAGUUUAUUUGGUGUUUCAUAGAGGGCAUUAGUCUUCUGUCU